AUGGACAAUAUUGGACACGACAUACUCCAGUCCAUCGUGGAUGAAUUGGUCAACGUUCACGAUGGAAACAGCAAAGAGUUAGCGCCAUAUGCCGCCGUUUCCCGACAAUGGCAAUAUGCUACUGAGAAGCGCAUCUUCAGGCGCUGCACACUGCGAACUUACCCAGGUGAACUCGAGAAAUUCACAGAGAUAUACUCGAGGUAUCCUCACCGUCGAGAAGCGCUACGGGAGCUUAGACUCACCAUCAAUAUUCCCCGAAACGGCAAUACAAAAGAGGAGCACCAAGAAAAUCAGGAGAAAUUCUUUUCGGAUAUCUCCACCUUGUUUGCUACCUUCAGAGACUGGGAAACGAAUGAGCCGGAUACCUCUCUUAGACCUCUCCAUCUUCGUGUAAGAUGCUGUCUAGACACCGCUCGGGACAGGCGCGUUCAUUCAGAGGAUUUCGCCCCUUCAAUCCGCCCGGAGGAUUUGGACAAACUCCCAUGUAUCCGCCGGAUUACAUCUGUUGAUAUACAUCACUCCAGGUGUUAUACUAUUCACCCUCAUACAUCGGGGAGACUUUUGCGUCUCAUGCCGCGUGUAGAGAGUGCUGCUGUAUAUUUUUGGGAUCCUAGGAUUCCAACGACAGGUCUUGGGGUGAAGCGCCGUGCACUUCGCCAGGCUAUGGCGGACUGUAUCCUGAUGAUUAAAGAUUCCCAUCCGGGGUUGAAAAGUCUUUACGUGGACCGCUAUGGCUGGCGUGACCCUGAGAAUCAUUAUUUCAUGCCCGAGAGUUUGCUCGAGAAUGGUGUCGAUACGCUUUGCCAGGCCAUUCGAUCUCUGUCAUCGCUGCCUCGCCUGGAAGAGCUAAAGUUGAUCGAUGUUUUACUCUCUCAAGACCUGUUCCAAGACCAGUCUAAAGAGGAAGCCUCUGAAGGCAUUACGGCAAACCCCUGGCCCGCUCUUAAAUGCCUGGAGAUCAGCACCGAGUGCGUCGGUGCCGAUGGCAGCUGGUACUUCACUGGCACUCCAGAAGGCGAUUCAGAUGAUUCAGACUUUAGCCAUAAUUUCGAUGAGGAGGAUCCUGCAAAUGAUCCCCCGUUCGGAAGGCGAGGUUUGUACGAAUCGCCUGAAUUCCCUUGGCGCUCACGUCCUGACCCGACCACCUUUAACCCUCUGAUAUCUGGUCUAGCCCAUAUGAGUAUCCAUAUGCCGAAAUUAGAGUUGGGCUUCUUCAAGAUCCGUACAGACAGUUAUUUGUCAAGCAGUCUGACUUUUCAAUGGGUAUCUGAAGGAAAUCCAUUCGAAAGUCUCACGGAUCUAAGUAACGACCCGGAGUACAUUGGUAAUUGGCAGUCCCGGCAGUGGCGUAUCACGGCUGAAUACGGAAACGAUACAUGGAGGCCGGACGAUGAAGUCAAGGAAGCCCUGGAAGCAUGGUCAGGGAAGGGGAACAUCAUAAUCUAG